UCAACCGCAAGUCGCCCCUCCAAGAAAAAGGCUCAAUCGGUUCCCAAGUGUCCGUAGUUUUUGUAUAUUCUGCCCCAUUCCAAAAGCACGUCCCGUCGUCGGGGUUGAAUGUGCCUAGAGCCCCAAUCCAAUUCAUUCACCUGUUUCAUUUAUUUCUGUGUUGUAUUUUAAUUUGAUGCGCGCCUCAAGUUAGACAACGUGUGCAGCAUUCGCGUGUUUCCAGCAAAUAUCUGGGAGAUCGUGUCAGCGAUACACAGUUGGUUUACAGUGAAAGUUUUUCAUUUGGUAUUUUCAAACAUCGAUUCCACAGCAAGUGAAACAUUUAUAUUAGGCCCAUUAACAAGAAAGUUCUCCGAUUUGGAUCGUGUUAGUGAUAGCAGUUUAUUGCGAAUGCGAUAGAUAUAAAUUUGUGUAACGAUUUGCAUACAUUCGGAGGUUGAAAGAGAAGAGAUCGUUUAUGCGGUUCAGGGUGCGUGUUUAAGAUAUUUUCGACUCUCUUAUUCAAGCAUUGAUAACCGUUAGUUAAGAGGUGCGGUGAAGGGUGACAAGAAAAGCCAUGAAAAAAGACAACUCUUGCCUCCAACCAACCUGAACUAUAGAACCGUCUGGUUGGAAAAUUUACGAUCGCAGCAAAACGGAAGAAAGCGUUUCUCAGGUUUGCAGAGCGGAAAGUGUCGACUGGCUGGCGGUGUGAAUUUAUGGUGCCGGUGUAUUUUUAGUGAGUUGAAGGCUAAUAAACAGAAAUCACAGCGAAGAAAUGUCGAAGCUGAAACUUGUCGGCGGUAGGCCAAUCACCAUGGAUGAAGCCAUUGAGCUGCGACAAACAGUAUUCGGUUCAGCCGCCAGUCCUCCCCGAGGCGAAUGGACCCGCACCGGAAUCAACUUCGGUACCAUAAACGGAGAGUAUCCUUACGGACUGAGGACGCCGCGCAAUGCCACCCGGGGUAUGCAAUCGGUGCUACAGGCAUUCAUCAUUAAACAUUUCAUAUUCGACGUUAAGCCUAGAGAUAAGUCUGUGCCACUAGAAGAACUGCUGAAGCCCACCGAGGCCGAAGCGGCACAAGCGCUAUAUCUAGCGAUCUCGGAUAUCCUAUGGAAUAUUGGUGAAAAAACCAAGGCGAUUAUCGCACUGCCGGGUGAAGCAUCGCACAUUUCGCACAGCCACGUGUACUUCCAAGAUAACGUUACGGAAAAGUUGUAUUUCUUCGAGUUCACCACGCUGGAUGAGAUGCAGAUUUUUGCAAAGCGGUACCUACCCUAUUUCACCGAGAAUCCAGGACCCGGAGCGCUACUACUACUGUACAGCGGCGUUGUGACGCGUGGCAUGGAGAAUCUUCGGAACGACUUAGACGCACCAAAGGGAGCACAUUUAAUGGGUCCGUAUGAAGAAGGAUCACUAAAUAUAGUCACUUUGAUGCUGACAGGCCGUGCCACGCCGUACUUGCACAAUGGCGUUGUAUAUGUAGGAGACGAGGAUCACUACGCUCUACCCCAAUUCGGCAUCCUCGGCCGAGGGUCCAUCGGUUUGCUGGUGUGGGAAGGCGAAAAUGAAGCAAUGCGGUCGGCAUCCCGUCAGCCUGGCUCCCGUCUGAAAACACCGGCCACGCCCGUCUGGGUCAGCUGCUGCUGCGGUCACUUUGGAGUACUGUUCAAUUCAAACCGAGAACUGCUGAGGAACUAUCAUGCUGAAAAACGAUUCGAGCUGCACUACUACACCCUUGCCGGAUGCUACCUUGCGAUGACGGUGGACAACCGCCAGCAGGAGGAAGGCGCCGACGACGGUCAGGAAGAAGGCGAACGGAAGCAAAACGACAUGGUAUCGACUCCGUUGGAACGUUUGAUUCACACCAAAUGGAUGGAAGCCAAGAUCACAUACCACGGGCCGCUACCAGCUUCGUUGAACUUUUAAAUGCUCGUCAGUUUAACUGCAUUCAGAAGAAAAGCUUUACCAAAAUCACUUAAUUCUGGUGUUGAAUGUUGAGUAUCAUCAUAGAUCGCUAUGGAUCGGAAUCCGUUGCAAGCGGUUUUGAAUUCAAUUUGUGUUAUUCAUGCUGUUGGCAUCAUAUUCCAAUACAUAAUACAAACAAGUGCUUUUAGGCUAGCAAUAAGACCGACAUAAAAAAAUAAUCAAACGAAGAAAACAUUGCAAAUAUCCAAAUUUUGUUGAUGAUAAACCUUUGCAGGAGCUUGUUAGCCUUGAUGUGAUAUAGAGAAGCUGUAAUGUUCAAUGGCAGUUUCGAUUCACUUUUAAGUACAAAAUUCCAAUAGUCCCAAUAGA